GGUCCAACCGAUGCUCUCCAUGUGGGACUGACUAUUGCUCAGCAACGCUGGAUAUUCUGCACAGAGUCGUUGCCAGGCUUCUUCGACUAGGCGCGGCCUCACCACCAAAGUCUUGGUUAAUCAGUGUGGAAGCGGGGGAAGCACUUGUUUGCUGAUGAUAUGGUGUUUGAGCGGCCUUUUCUGUAAGUUACAGUAACCGAGUCGUAAAGCCUUAUUCAUUAGAUGAGACGCUGUAAUAGCAACUAUGUCUCUUCUAAGAGCUCAAGAUUCCCACCACCAACCCUGUAUCGGGACCGGAGGUUGCCUUCAGUUCCGAAUUUGUGCAUCUUCUUGUGAUACCACUCACUUUUACUUUCUUUUCUUAACUCUACUCGUUUCGAAAUUGACAAUGACCGCCGAAAUCGCCAAGAACCGCUUCGACAGCGAUUCCACACCAGACUUACAGAUUCAAAGACAAUAUCCGCGCUUUUCAGUGUCGAGAUUGGCUCAAAGCUUUCACUAUCAUUGCGAGAAACACGUCAAGCUAACGACCUUGACAACAGCACCACCGGUCAAAAAAAGCAGCAAGGACAACAACAACGGCGAAAACGCCUAUAAAGCUUUGCCAGCAGCAGACGCUGUCACACAAGCUCACUUUCAACGCGGCAACACGUUUGAGGAAGUGCUUAUGCAACUACUGGGCUCGAGAGCGGUGGACCACACACACACGCCUACAGCUAAAAGCAAACAGAUUCUUCAUGAAGCCAAGGUCGGCCAGAUUUUGUAUCAGCUGAGUUUCACGAUGCCCGAUGGCUUUUAUGCGCAGGAUAGCAACUAUCGCCUCCAGCGGUUCGUACCGGAUUUCCUGUGGAUCAAAGAAGACCCCUCAUCCAAAGCCAGAACCAUUUUCGUCAUUGAUGCCAAAUCGAGUCGGUCCGUGAGUUCACAUCAUCAGUUUCAAGUCGCAUCGUAUGCAUUCCUCCUUGAAUAUCUUAUCAGGGAUAUCCGCAACCUCGAGAUUGACCCUGUGGGUGGUGUGUGGCUGCCAUCCAAUCCAACAGAGCCUGAAACUUUUAGAAUUGAUCUCAUGAUGCCAAAGAUGAAGUUCUUUUAUACUGUCGGGCUACCAGCUAUCAUCUCAACAGAUCAUCCACCAUGGCUCUACAACGCAAAAUGCAAGACUUGCGAAUUUACGGACGUGUGUCGUAAUCAGACUUACGGAACACCAGGUGCUGUUGCAUACAUGACCGAUCAAAAAGUCAAAGCAUUACGAAGAAACCAAAGCAUGGAAGCUUCUGCGGCAGUGCCUGGAUUAAGCAGCACCACUGACAGUAUAGGCGAAUUGGCCGACCGGGUACAUAAUCUAACCACGGGUACAGCGACAAGCAAUAUUGAGGACAUCGAAGAUUUAACCAGCCAGCUCAAGAACAUCCGAAUCAAGGAUCCCCGUACACCAGUACCAGAUUGGAUGUUGAGCUCGGAUUUCUUGCCAUACAUCGACGCAUAUAAAACACAAAAGCCUCAGUUUCGUGGCAAUCCCACUGUAUCGCUGGGUGAGAAAAAUGAUCACGAUAUUUUCGUCUCUUUUGCGUAUGAUCCCAUGUAUCGUAGUAUAUGCGCAUAUUCGAUACGAGUCUAUACCCCAGCUGGAGCUGAACUGAAAGGGCUAGACUACGAUGGGUCCGUUACUUAUGAAGGCCGCUCGUUGCCACACUACAGAGAACUUGCUGUAUCUUUGGCUACCGACCUAGUCAGCAUCCUAUGUUUUAUGGAAGACAACAAGUCAUGCUGUACGCUUUUCGUCUCCAACAGUCAGGCUAAACAUCAGCUUUGCGAGACUUUGCUAGAGAUCGCCACACGCAAAAAAGAAGAUGACGGCGCUGACGACGAAAAAGCGAAUACUAUACGACAAAAAGCAAUGGACUGUCUUCUCGUAGUCUUUCAGGACACACAACUUUUGACGAUACCCGGUGUCGAUGCGUUCCCAACAGAGUUUGAAAAAGUGACAGUCCCACGGCUAGUAUCUCUGGAACGGCUCGUGCAAGAAAACAUCGCUCUUGGCGUUCCAGGCUUUUAUACGUUUGCUGACAUGUUCCAUUGGAUGUGUGCUAGGGCUAAUAGCAACAGCCCCGACAAUAAAGCGGAUGGUGUUGAUGAUGAUACUCUCUUGCUCGAUGAAGCAGCUCUAUACGGCCGCUGGCUCAAACAAGACAGUAUAGCACAAGACCUUACUACACAUAUACAGCAACUACAGGAAAUACUACUCCAAUACCGCAAGCUUGCAACCGCAUACAAGGAAAACACCAUGAUCAACAUAUACUGUCUGGAUAAUGCGCCGUUCCGGUGGCCUUCUGCACAAAAAUUUCGAUCACCUCUGAUUGGCCGCUUGGCAUUCUUUAAAAAGCUCGAAUGCGUGGCAGGAUGCGAUACCAUGCGCGCUGACCGACUCGGGGAUCUUAUGUCACCAAACGGGAAAAGCAGUUUGCGGAUGUCCUUUCGACGUUGGGAAAAGAUCCCAAACCAAAGCGGAAAGAAAGACACAUUUCUUGCGUGGUUCGAAUUUAUUCCUGAUCGGUUUACGACAUCCACAGCAGCAAGGAUACAAAUCGACAGUCUAGUACGGAAUAGUCUCAAGGAAUACAUCCUCGUCAACGAUACGCGUGAGGGAAUACUAGAAGCGAUUCGGUUUCCGGAUCUUAUGCACCGCAGAAAGCUUCGUGACAUCUAUGGGACUACGACAGCCAAUGUGGACCGCGUAUCCGAGAAUGGAUUCAGUGUGGCACUGACUGGCUACUUUAAAGAUCUUGGUCUCACUAAAGGCAGAUGCUACCGACUCUAUCGACGGUUCAUUGAUUUCAACACGGAUAAAAUAUUGGAGACGUUGUCGCACAUUGAUAUAGACAAUGGAUCUGGCCCUUUUGAACACAUAAUACGAGAUCCGAAUGCUUGGGCUGAAGGGAGGCAGCAUCCGCAGGGAUCAAAGGUUGGGAAGGAAGCAAAAGAUAAUAAUGCGGAUGCUUCCGAAGCACGGGCAACAGCCCUCAGACUGAGAGAUAACUUUCGCAUGUCGCCUUCACAAAAAGACAUCUCUGCUAAUAUCCUUGAGAAACGCCUGCAGAUUGUCUGGGGUCCACCGGGAUCAGGUAAAACCGAGUUCCUGGCCUUGUUUAUCAACUGGUACAUCACCCAUCUGCAUGAGCACCAGAAUGGAAAGCCUUUUAUCAUCGGUGUCACUGCGUUUACGCGACAUGCAAUAACAAACUUGUUGAAGCGAAUAGCCGACGUUCAGACGCGUCAUCGCACAGAAGCUGACAGCAAGUCCUUCACAAUUGUUGCCAUGGAAUCCACCUCGUCGUCGUCGUCGUCAUCGUCGUCGUCAGAUAGUCCAUCAGCAAGCGACGUGGUCCAUUGCAAGGCUGAUCAGCUUGGCAAACAUCUGCCGCAGAAAGGGGCUGUGGUUGUAGGUGGCACUGUUUGGGAUUGGUACAAGGUCCAAAAAAAGAAGAAAGCCAAGAGCAGUAAGCUUGUUGCGUGUGAUAUGAUCAUCAUCGAUGAAAGCUCUCAGCUACUGGUCGCGGAUGCCGCGAUUGUCAUCAAUUGCCUUGCUAAAGAGGGACGACUGAUUAUCGCCGGAGAUCACAUGCAAUUGGGGCCGAUUCUUCAAAACACGUAUCCCAAGCUUCCUUUGGAUGAGCCGUUGUUGUAUGGAUCGAUCCAACAAUGUCUGAUGCGCACUGAAUCCAACGAAUCCAUCCCGCCCCAAGUAUUCUUGCUACAGAAAGGGGCAAGGCACGACUUUGGUCCAAACACCAUCCAGCUCAAAGAUAAUUGGCGCAUGAAUGACGAGCUAAACGCAUUCUUCAAACAAAUCUACGGAAACGACCUUGCGUCCCAUUAUCCUGACCUAUGCCUUAAACAUGAUUGGACACGCAUCGUUGCGCCGAGUUGUCAUGAACGGUUGCACACUAUUCGUGCUGCAUUGGAUCCUCGCAAAGCCAUAACUGUUAUUAAUGUCAAGCUUCCUGCCAACAACAACAACAACGAGGACGGCGAUAAUAGCGAUAAAGGAAUACAGGCUGAGGCUAGUAUUGUAGCCGACCUUGUGGAAAUGCACCUGGCAGCACGUGUUCCUCAUAGUGACAAUAACAAUGACGAUGCAAAAGUGAUGGUGGUGACACCACAUCAUCGGCAACGCGUGGCAGUGGAGCACCAAGUUUCGCUUCGUGGUGAUGGCCCUACCCUCCGGGAGAAAGUGAUGGUGAACACGGUGGAAAAGAUGCAAGGACAGGAGUGCGAACUCGUUAUCGCUUGUUUUGCCUUUGAUGAGAUCACGCCUACAAAGGUGGAUUUCUUACUGGAUUUUAAGCGGUGGAACGUGACGGUAUCGCGUGCUCGGUAAGGGGUUUCUUCUCUCCCAUAGAUCAACCUCGUCCCACACUGCUGCUCUUAUUAUCAGAUUACCAACGCGGUGAAUUGCUAUUAUUAGCUGUAAAG